CAGACCCCUGCACCUGGCUGGAGGGCUGAAAGCAGUCGCCCACGGUGCUCUUGUCCCCCGCGGGGGCGAAGGGGCGGUGGCUGCAGAGCUAGGUCUGGCCGCGUGGACCGAGCUCCAGGCUAGGGCAGGUCCCAGCCCCAGGACAGCCAUGAGCCUAGUGGCCUGUGAGUGCCCCCCCGGUCCUGGCCCGGAGCCCGAGCCCUGCUCACGAGCACGGUCCCAGGCCCGGCUGUACCUGGAGCAGAUUCGCAGCCGGGUGGCUCCGGGGGCGCCUGACAUGACAAAGCCAGACUACCUGGUGGACGCGGCCACACAGAUCAGGCUGGCCCUGGAGCGCGAUGUCAGUGAGGACUACGAGGCGGCCUUCAACCACUACCAGAAUGGCGUGGACGUCCUGCUCCGAGGCGUGCAUGUUGACCCCAACAAGGAGAGACGUGAGGCUGUAAAGCUGAAAAUUACCAAGUACCUGCGGCGGGCAGAGGAGAUCUUUAAUUGCCACCUGCAGAGGACGCUGGGCAGCGGAACCAGCUCUGGCACGGGUUUCAGCAGCCUGAGGCUCCGGCCCAUCCGCACACUGAGCUCUGCCCUGGAGCAGCUGAGGGGCUGCAGGGUGGUUGCGGUCAUUGAGAAGGUGCAGCUGGUCCAGGACCCAGCGACUGGAGGAACCUUUGUGGUGAAGAGCCUGCCCAGGUGCCACGUGGCGAGCCGGGAGCGGCUGACCAUCAUCCCGCAUGGCGUGCCCUACAUGACCAAGCUGCUGCGCUAUUUUGUGAGCGAGGACUCCAUCUUCCUGCAGCUGGAGCACGUGCAAGGAGGCACUCUCUGGUCCCACCUGCUCUCCCAGCCGCACACCCACCAGCCUGGGACUGGGUCUGGCUCCAGCCUGGAGAAGAAGGCUCAGCUCAACGCUCGCCUCAACCCGGGGACCCCAGUGCUCUUCCCCCCAGGCCACACCCACCUGCAGGAUGGAAUACCUCUGGAGCUUCCACGGACUUCUCAGAGCCUCACCCCAGCCAGGGAGCCCGCAUCCAUCAGACCCCAGAGAGAGGCUGAAGGUCGCCCCUCAGCUAGGACCAGCACCUCCUGCUCCUUGGAUCUUCCAAAGGCCCUCCGUGGCCGCCUGCACCCCCAAGCCAGGCAGGGACCUGGCCAGGGCUCAGACUCUUGGGCGCUCCCUUGGGUUCGUGCAGGGGCUGGCCGGGUGCUGGGGGGCUGCGGCCGAGGCAGAGGUCAGAGCCGCCCCUCAGCCGAUGGGGCCAGCCCGGUGUCUGGCAGGGGUGCCUGGAGUGUGCAGGAGGAGCAGGUGCGGCAGUGGGCGGCUGAGAUGCUGGUGGCCCUGGAGGCACUGCACGAGCAGGGGGUGCUAUGCCGGGACCUCAAUCCCCAGAACCUGCUCCUGGACCAGGCAGGUCACGUCCGGCUCACGUAUUUUGGCCAGUGGUCAGAAGUGGAGCCCCAGUGCUGCCGGGAGGCUUUGGACAACCUCUAUGGUGCCCCAGAGGUGGGUGGGAUUUCUGAGCUGACGGAAGCCUGUGACUGGUGGAGCUUUGGGUCUCUCCUGUAUGAACUGCUGACUGGAACGGCGCUGUCCCAGAGCCACCCCUCAGGAAUCCAGCCCCACACUCGGCUCCAGCUGCCUGAGUGGCUCAGUCGCCCCGCUGCCUCCCUGCUGACUGAGCUGCUGCAGUUUGAGCCCACCCUGCGCCUAGGCACGGGAACAGGCGGUGUUGACAAACUCAAGUCCCACCCCUUCUUCAGUUCUAUCCAGUGGAGCAAACUGGUGGGGUAGGAGGGGAUGGAGCUGGUGAUGGAAGCAGCUGGACUGGUCUGGGUCGCUUCUCUUUGCCUGCCACCCAGAGCUGGCCCUUCUUAUCAGUGGCCCUCAGGCAAAGGAUGCAAGGCUGCUUGCCUUUCCUGCUCAGGCCCCUCCCUCCGGCCUCUGAAGUCUCAUCGCCACAGCCUAGGAAGGGCCUGGGGAGCCCCCUGGCCAUCUUUUGGAGAAACCCUUUCUAGUCGGUGCUGAGGGUGGAAGGAAGGAGAUCUCAGCAUUCUGGGCAGCGUGAAGCCCUCCACCCAUCAAUCAACAUCAGCAUCCAAGCGCACACCCUGUACCCUGAACGCAGACCUCCCUUGUUAAAAGGUGCCUUCCUUCGCAUCAGCGCUGAGCUACUGACCACCUGCUGAGCUGUGACAUUCUGUGACUAUCUAUCUGCCAUGUGCCCCGCUGCGGGGAUGUCUUUGGAGACUCAUCUCAGGAUCCCAGUCCACUGGCUCAGUGGACCCAAACCAGGGCUGCCAUGGCUGGUCAUCUUAAUCAUGCACCUCGUGAGCCUCUUCCACCAGGGGGCUGGGAGGGCAGGGGAGCGGGCAAGAGUCUGUAGAGGGCAUGGGGUGGGGCGGGGACAGGACAACCCACUCCCAGCCCCCAUCGUGCCCCUUAUCUGGUGACUGCAGACUUUGGAGAGCGAAAGGCAAGGAGGGGAGGAAAAUAAGGAUAAGGAGGAAUGGGGGCAGGGGAUGCGCAGCUCUGCCACUUAGAAAUUUUGGAAACAGAAUAAAGAGCUCCCUUUCCCAGCCAGCCUACCAAUGUGGAGAGAAAGGCAACACUGCCCAUGGCUCUGAGGGGAGACCACGGUUCAGCCUCCAGCCGGAAGCCGCUGAAGACACAUUGUACCCAUUAGGAGUUCCUUCUUGGACAUUCGUCCAGUUGACCAUUUUGCGUUUUAGUUUUGAGACCCACUUAAUUCCCUGGCCACUGUGACUUCAUCUCCUUUUGAAAUGAAACCACAAAAUACACGGAACAACUGCUCAAGCUUUUAGCCAGAAGCCAGAUGUUUCUGGUCUCUAAAGAAACUGGGGUUAGUAGUUACCCCCAAAGACAAUCUCUCCCCAGAUCUGGGGGCCCUCUUCUUCCUCUCAGGACUCACGCUGUCACUGGGGUGUGGCACUAAGACAGAAAACUCCACAGACCUCUGCCCCAACUCCCUCCCUCCCUCCCUGUGUCUCCAGCACCAGGUGGCAUCUCUGACCCUGUCCUUCCGUCUGGCUGGGGAGGCCCAGCUCUAAUUCUGGGGCCCGAGGCCUGUGUUGUCCGGAGGCCACAGUGCUCCUCAGCUCCUCAGGAUGAGUCUGGGGCCAAGAGGACACGGGGAGGCCCUGCCUUUGUAUGGUCCUGGCUUGCCCUGGGGCUCACCCGUAUCACUCCAGCCCCAUUCCAAUAAAGCCUGCUGUUGCCUCUGG